AUGUCACAGGAAUCGCCAUCACCGAGUGAUCAGUUGUUUGACUCUGUUGAUCGCAAUGUUUCGGCAUCUGAAGAUACAGGUACCCCAGAGCCUCGUGAAAAAUCGGUUCCGGAGCCCAAGAAGAGGAAACGUGGUAGCAGCAUGCUUGCACAACUGACAGCGGAUGCUGAUUGGUAUAUGACGUCGUUUUCAGGCCCAGAAUCAAAAACGAGGGAUUCUUCAGUGAAAUUCACCGAGGUUAAGGAAAAGCUCAGAGAGGAGAUCAAGAUACAUCCUCGUCCUGCCCAAAACAAAGAUAGGCCACAUUUCCCGCGCCCAAAUCCCCUAAAGCGCGAGAAAAAGAGUCCACCAAAACGCUCCACUGAUGGUUCAGUUAAGGCAAAAAAACCAAGCAAUGGAGAGACCAAAACAGCUAAACCAAGCAAUGGUGGUUUGUCAGCCUUGCUGGAGAGUGCUAGUUACUUCACCAGUUUGGGGUCAGGUGAUACGGACAGUUUCCUCAGAAGGGUGAAACCAAAAAUCGAAAGAGAGCCAAGUCCUCCACCUUCUCCAAUUGUGAAAAAGAAGGCUGUUAUCAAGAACACUGUGAAUGGUCUAAUCAAGAAGUCGCUUAAGAAGGCUUCACCACAUGUGACGAAAAGUCUAAAGAAAGAGCUGAAAGAGCCCAAGAAAGAACCAGCUAAAGACACGAAGGUUUCUCCCAAGAAGCCAGUGAAGUCUUCUGUUGCCAAAAUCAAAAAAAUUCAGGGUAAGGCCUUGGAGAAAGAGGAUCCUGUCCGCACAAAAGAGUCGACCCCAGCCAAGGUCGAGAAGAUAAUUCCACUUUUUGUAUCUUGGUCAGACAAUACUGAAAUACCUAUUGGAAAUAGACCUAUGUUUUUGGAUGAGAUAUACAAGGGUUCCAUGAUCAAUACCAUCGAUAACGACGUGCUUGUGCCCGCUAGUGAGUUGGUUUAUAACAACCAGGAUGCCUACAUCAACGAUACGAGGUUCUCGGAAAUCGAGCUCGCGACACCGUUCUCGAGUUUUCGCGAGAAAUAUACUUUACAGAUGCCAAAGGAUCAACAACUGAACCCGUUCGAGGAAAUUGGGAGAAUAAUGGAGCUGGUUGCGUACACCUAUAUACCGGAGCCGUAUAGACUUCAGGUGUUGAACCUGAACCGUGUUGACGAUUGCAUUGUUGGUAAGUAUAUUAAGGCAGUCGAAAAUGGGGAUGGUGAUCUUGUGGUAUCGUUGGUCAACGAAUAUAAUGCGAUAUUGGAUAAACUCAGAAUUUCAGGUGAGAUCUUCAAGUACACAGCCAAUCUCAAGACCUUCCCUCUGUUGUGCUUCCACGAAAUUUUGAACCAGUGCUACUCCCGUUCGGUCUCUCCAAACUCUAGGAAGCUUCGCGAUUAUAAGGCUUUCUCUAACUUCGUUUACGGCGAGUUGCUGCCGAAUUUUCUCACCACGGUUUAUAACCAGGUCGGGCUGAACCACACCCACAGGUUCAUCGAUUUGGGGUCUGGAGUGGGCAAUUGUACAUUACAGGCAGCCCUUGAGUUUGGAGCUGAAAGCGCCGGUUGCGAGAUCAUGGAUCAUGCGUCCACACUAUCUGAGCUGCAAUUGAAGGAAUUCGAACAGCGCUGUAAAAUAUACGGCUUGCGAACAGGCUCAGUCAGCUACUUCCUGAGACAGGGCUUCGAGGAAAAUCCAGAUGUGGAGGACUACGUUAACAAAUCCGACAUCAUCUUGGUGAAUAAUUAUUUGUUUGACUCUGAGCUCAACCAAAAGGUUGUGGAGCUUUUCCGAGGCUUGAGGGUAGGGACCAAGAUAAUCAGUUUGAAGCCUAUUGUUCCCCAUGGAUAUACCAUGAAUCUGGUAGAUCUGGAGUGCAUUCUAAACAGGACCAGCUAUGUCCAAUACUCCUACGACGACAACUCAGUUUCGUGGACGUCUACAGGAGGAAUAUAUUAUAUAUCCACGGUGGAGAAGGACAUUAUACCCUCGUACUUUGUGGAGCACUCCGUUGGCAGGACGAGGGGAAAGAAGACGAUGACUCCAGACGGUGUAAGCAGAGCGUCUACUCCGUCCCAAGGCUGA